AUGCCACCAGUUGACACGAGCAAUGUCAACCCCACCAUGCCACCAAUCGAUACAUCCAAUGCCAAUCCCAGGACGGCGUCGAUUGACACAAGCUUUGCCAAUCUCACCGUGGCGCCAAUAGACACAAGUGAUGCCAAUCCACAAGGAAAGUCCCCUCUUUUCGCUCGGAUUCCGGGAGAAAUCCGCGAUCACAUCUUCGACCUUGCCCUGACUGCCUACUCCGGCAAGCAAGAGCCCUUUGAAAAAGACAGCUACUAUUACAGGCCUGGAUUUCGCUAUGCCGAUCAGAUACUCGACACAGCCCUCCUGCGCACAUGUCGACGCAUCUACCAAGAAGCGUGCCUCGUCCCAUUCCAAAAUUACGAGUGUGUCGAAUGGCACUAUCGGGGCCCUCCCGCGAAGAUAGCUAGGAACUUUGCUCGAGGUAACUACAGUUGUCCAUGGUUGACCUCGCUGCACUUGUUCACCCAACAGUUCUGGCUCGAAGACUCUUCUUGGCCCUCCAAGGCACGAAAUGUCGCUUUCCGAUACAAGAACCUUCGCCAUCUAAGAAUUACUAUCAGACACAGUGACUGGUGGUGGUGGGAGAGAUCUGCACCACUCCUACUCGAUGCAAAACACAAGGGAACCAAGGGAACUGCGUCAGCUACAAGGCAUAGUACCGCCGCUGAUGGGUUUCAUGUCAAUUCAUGGGGACACCAGUUCUCGGUCUUCAAGGGGCUGAAGACAUUCGAGCUGGAGCUUGAGACUGUCGAGGGCAAACGAAAGGAGCUCGACGAGAUUGCCAUUCGGGCAGCGGACUGGCGCUUUCCACUUGGGGAUGGUAAUGUUUUGGUCUUGAACCCAGCAAGAACCAAGAUGACUGGCUGGCAUGGGGUGAAGCUUCUAACGGGAGUACAUGUACCUAGCGACCCCAAGGAAGCUAGGGAGAGGCUCGUAAAGGACGGUGUAGACUUUAGAGUCUGGGAUGGCGAGCCGGAGGUUUCCGAAGAUGAUUGCUUGACGUACUAUGUGGUGUUGUUGAUUUAUGAGGCUCAGCGAGGAUAG